UUGUUUUUUUUUUUUCUAUCAACAAAGAUUUCGAAGUCACGAUUUCGAUUUUCGAAUUCGAAGGCUCAGAGAAGAAGAAGAAGAAGCUCCUGGAAACUUCCAAUCGAAUUGAUCAUCUAAUUACAGGCGACGUAGCAAAAUACUCUGCGUUGGCGAUAAUGUUCUACAGAGGAUAUGGAGAUGGUCCUGAUGGGCGUGAGAUGGGACCUAAGCGUCAAAGAAUGAUUGAUCAAGGUCCUCCUGGACCAUUCUAUGGACCUCAUCCUGGUUCUGCUUAUAUGUAUAACCCUUAUGGGUUUGUUGCUCCUCCUCCACCUCCUCCUUUUCCUGUUGUUCGACUCCGUGGUUUACCCUUUGACUGCGCAGAGCUUGAUGUUGUAGAGUUUUUCCAUGGUUUAGAUGUGGUCGAUGUCCUGUUUAUUCACAAGAACAAUAAGCUUACUGGAGAAGCCUUUUGCGUUCUUGGUUAUCCCCUCCAGGUCGAUUUUGCUCUUCAUAAGAACAGGCAGAAUAUGGGAAGGAGAUAUGUCGAAGUUUUUAGGAGUACGAAACAAGAGUACUAUAAGGCCAUUGCUAAUGAGGUUGCGGAGUCUCGUGUCCAUGGUAUGGCUAGUGGGGGUGGUGGAGGUGGAGUUGGCAGUGGAGGCGGAAUGAGUGGUGCAAGUUCACCUCGCAGGCACGUGCAGAGGGCUAGAUCGAGUGAUGAUGGGAAAGAGAAUAUUGAGCAUACGGGUAUCUUGAGAUUGAGAGGAUUACCGUUUUCAGCGGGAAAGGAAGACAUACUUGACUUCUUCAAAGAUUUUGAUCUGUCAGAAGACUCUGUUCAUGUUACUGUUAAUGGUGAAGGGAGACCCACUGGGGAAGCGUUUGUGGAGUUUAGGAAUGCGGAAGAGUCACGAGCUGCAAUGGUCAAGGAUAGGAAGACGCUUGGGAGCCGUUACAUAGAAUUGUUUCCUUCAUCGAUUGAGGAGUUAGAGGAGGCACUAUCAAGAGGAAGGUGAUACAUCAUCUCCCAUGGUACUUUCAUACCUUGUCUAAAUGGUUAUCCUAAGAUCACAAUUCCGAUGCAUUGAUGAUGGUUCCGGUUUUGAUGUACUAUCUAUCUGGUCAAGAAUACUAGUUUUAUCCAUUCUUUAGAUUUUGUUGUGCUGUAUUGAUCAAGAUUUUCAUGCACCUGCAAUCAAUAGAAGUAAGUUUUGAAAUCAAAAUGGGUGAAUGAUCUUUUGAUUCACUCGUGUUGUUAUCGCUAAGUUGGAUUGUAACAUUAGGCUUUACUGAAGUUAUGGAAAGAGAAAUCUUGAUUUGAUACUC